AUGUCGCGCUCAGACUCGACCCCCUCUUCUGUCAGCGAUGACAGCCACCUGGAAUUGGAAAAGGAGCCAACGGGCCAGCAGCCCAACCUAGAAACCUUGGUCGCCCAUCUCGUGGCUGCAAAGCGGUCUCUUUCGUCGAUCAAUCAUGUUUGGAGGGCCAACGAAAUUGUCACUUCUGCUCGUUCGGCUCUGCAAGAGAGUGUGAUACUCUUUGCCCGAGCAGGCUUUCUACACCGGGAGAAUGAAGUUCAGCUUCGCACACUAUAUCAGAUCAAAGACGAAUUAGAACAGGUUGCCCAUUACGGAAGAGACGAGUUUUCUUCCACACUCAAGGAGCUCGACGGUGUAGGCGAGAGGCUGCGACAUGCCGUAAAUUCACUGCAUGAAACCAAGGUAGAACUUGCUUUUGUGCCGGCUGAAGACGGCUCCAAGACUUUACAUGAUUUUGUUGAUGAGAACGCAGUACAUGAGCUGCAAUCACUGUUGCGAAAUGCUAUCGACAAGACCAGCUCCGCCCAAGCAGACUUGGGUCGGUCCAACACCGCCUUCGAUGACGACUUAGAUGCAAUUCAACGAAAAACCAGCAACUCUCAGGAGGCCACCAAGAAUAUUUCUUCAUCCAGAGGCUCGCCUACGCAGGUACCUAUCAACCAAUCUUCUCCCAAUAUGAUUUUGGAAUUAUUGCAUUCUCUUGAGUCACAUGCACAGGAAAUGGCACAUCUGUUGGAAUCUUUGGUUCACCACUUCGACCUCUGCGUCACAGCCGUAAAACACACUGAAGGCGGCGGGGCUGCAGCACUUCGCGUCACGGGCGACCUCCCCAGCGGGCUGGCUAUUGGGGGUACGCCUGGCGAUGAUGGCGGUGAGGUGGAUAACCAUAAUGCUCAGCCUGAGCCCCUGACAGAAUCAGACUAUCAGGAAAUGCUGAGUGUCAUAAUAAAGGAUGCUGCAGAAGCCGAAGAUGUUGUUCUUGAGAUCCAAGACCGUGUCUCGGAGAUGGAAAUCACGCUUGACCGAAUUUUUGCCCAACGGCAUAUUCUAUCUGAGUCGUGUACUGCAAUGGUAGAAAAUGUUCGGCGUCUAGACCGCUUUUCCAAAAAUAAAUUACCCAAGUAUAUCGCCCAAUCCCAUAUCUUUCUAAAGAUACUGAGAGAACAACACGAAAAUAUGCGAUCCGGCAUGAGUGAUCUAUCUGACUUACAGCUCAUGUAUGUCGGCUUUCUGAAUGCUUAUGACGACCUCAUCCUAGAAGUCGCACGACGAAAGACAGCCCGAUCCGCGGUAGAACGAGUCAUCCAGGAAGCAGAAGCAAAAUUGGACAAGCUAUAUGAAGAUGAUGUACAAGCUCGCGAGGCAUUUCGUCUUGAGCAAGGCGACUAUCUUCCUUCGGAUAUUUGGCCGGGUCUAGGAAGAGCACCAAUGAGGGUUGAAUUCAAAAGGGUUUUUGACGGUAGGUCUAUUUCGAACGAUCGUGAGCUUCAGGUCAACGCAUCUAAAAAUCUGGAGCAUAAUGGCAGCAGUGUAGAGGAUCAAGAAGCUCCUGAUAUGCCCACCGAGCGUCGUCGGCAUGUUGAAAAUGCAGUCUACCCCGCUGGAAUUGAUAGUAUCCCGAAUUUACCAAAACAAACUGUUGAAAACGCUCUCGCUAGGAGAAAGGCGAGGAUAAAAUCCAACCGAGCUUCAAAGGCAACUCACGCAAGACAUGAUUGA